CCACACGUCAUGUAAACAACAUUCGAGAUUGUUGAUUGCAUGAUCAGCUAGCUCACAUAUUAUAUGCGUGCAUGCUAGCAGUGUUGCUGUGAGUCGAGUGAGUCGAGUCGAGUCUGCCAUGCAAAGGACCUGAGGCUGAGACUGAGCCAACAUGUCGGAGAUUUUUGAAGAUCGUGAGCUGACAGAAGAUGGGAACACGACACCAGAGAGUGUCUCAUAUGGACUGUCAACAGCCUCCGAGUUCAUAUCCAACUAUGGAUGGUUCAUUCUGUUUGGUGUGAUAGGUUUAGUUUUUAUCAAUAACUGGCUGGAUUCGAGACUACAAGGAUGGAAGAAACAGAGAACCCAGGAAUCAAAUCUCAAUAAAUACAAUGCGAAUGAAGUAUUAGAGAGACAGGAAGCCAUGGAGAGAGCAAGACAAAGACUACAGGCCAAGUAUGAUGCUGAGGCUGAAGAAUAUCUUCAGAAACAGAAAGAGAAAGAAGAGGAGAAGAGAAAGGACGAGAUAGAAGACUGGGAGCGCCAUCAGAAAGGUCUUGGUUAUAAAUCAAAAAAGAAAUCUUCGGAGGAAGCUGAUGAAACGGAAGCCCGUGGAGCGAGUCGAGAGGAUAAACCUAAAAAGAAACUCCGAGCUGAUUACAACCCACUAUGGGGCGGACAAGGUUCAGGAUUCCGGCCGGCACCUAGACGAGGAUUCAGCGGAGGUGGAUGAGGUUAAAGGUCGUACACGGGUCAUUCAGAGGUCACACAGUGUUCCAGUCAUACUUUAUCAAAUAUAUCCAAAACAGCUGUAAUGAAUAUUUAACAUCCAUACUUUAAUAUACAUUAAGGGGGUGUGACAAGAAAUUAAUUUUCAAUCGAUUGCAAUUACCAAUUUCACAUUUGUGAGUAAUUGACUUGACCAAUUUUAAGCAUAUCAAAUCAAAUGCUAUCAUCCACAAAAAGCAAUUCUGUAACCAAAUGCAAAUGUAAAUUUCAAUUUUGGUAUCAAAAUUUGACUUGCAAGCGAUUGAAACACCUCCUUUUAAAUUUUGGACAUACUUGUUACAACAUUGGUGUAGUCCAUGUUUACAUAUUUACAUGUGAGUUGCUGUGAAAGUUAUUAUUAUGGUAAUUUUAUCAUCCAUCGUUAUUUCCAUGGUAUCCUUAAAUGUGGUCGGUUGAUAGGAAAUUUACCGUAAUAGUAAAUUUUAUGCAAUACGGCUCAAGUGUUGUCGGGGUGAACAUUUCAUUUUAUGAAGUAUAGCUGGAUUAUUGUGUGACCUUGUAUCUGUGUACAUUUUAAUUUUAAAACCCAAAUUCCAAAGCUGGUGAAGUCAAGUAUUAAUCAUUCCCUAUUCUUGCCUGAAGUCAUGCAAGUAUUAUGUGGAACUUUGUGCCAUGUUGAAUGAGUUGAAAAUGAUAGUUAUGAUGUAAUUUCAGAUACCGGUAUACUAUGGCCCGUAUUCUGAACUGAAAUGUUUGUUUUAAUCUCUGGUCUAAAGCUGUGGUUUAGCUAUGGAAAGCUCGCUAAGACACAAAUAUUUAACAGUACAGUUUCUAUAUAUCGGCACUCAAAUCAUCUAAAACUUUGGAAAUGGCAGCUAAAAUACCUUUUUCAUCAAUCAAAGCAUGAGAAAGGAGAAAAAUGGACAUGAGAAACCUCCAAUGUGAACAACUCUUUGAAGUUUUUGGCUUCCCAUAAUUUUAGGGUAGAGUUUAUCCCAUGGUCUAAGUUAAACUGGACCUCUGAAUAUGGGCCUAUGUAUUUCAGUCAUUUUCAUCUUGUGUUAUAAACUUUGUUAUUGUCCUGAUCAAUGUGCCUUCUUCCCACCUAUGUUCUUUGUUUCAUUUAAAAACAAUGUUUAUGCAUUUAUUUAUUCAUUUAUUUAUUUAUUCAUUUAUUUAUUUUAUUUUAUUUAUUUAUCACUAUUGGCUCGAAUUCACAAAGGUGGACUAAAGUUAUACCGGGGUUAAAUUUAGCCAGGGGUUAACUAAUACCCGGGUAUAAAGUUAGUCCACCGCGCUAUUCACAAACGGUGGACUAACUAAUCCAUGGGUUAACUUUAGUCCACCUUUGUGAAUUCGGGCCAUUAUUUUAUUUUAUUUUUAUUUUUUUUUGGGGGGGUGACUUACAGCUUUACUCUCAAUAUACACGUACAUGAACAUGGAUCAUUGUUUUAUCUUUAUUGCUAUAAAACCAUAUAAUAUAUAGAUGACAAUGCUACAUUGGAAUACUCCCCAGGGAGUGGAGGACGUGCACACAUUGUGUGCGGGAAUGACUGAUUGAAUCCGAUGAACGGGGUAAUAAUAUAUCUGUAAAGCGCUUAGACACGUCGUUCCGAUGUAUUAAGCGCUAUAUGAAAGCGGAUUAUUAUUAAUAUUAUUACUACAUUUUCAGCUAUGGAAUUUGGGUUGCCAUGUCAAUAUUAUAAGGCAGUAAGAAACAAGCAAGGAAAUUCAGAUAUAAUUAUGAAGACAUUCUAAGAUCUAAAGGCAAUAUGAAAUUCCUAUUUAUUAGUGUAUAUAGUAAACAUAUAAUCUUUCUUUGUCUUUGGACUGUAACUCUUUGGUAAUAUGUGAUGAUGAUGAUGGUGAUGAUGAUGAUGAUGAAAUUUUCAAAGAUUCACAGUUGCUGGAAAAAUUGUUUUUUAAUUGAGAUUUUAAGGUAAACAGAAUGUACAGUAGUUUGAUAUUUUCAACCAUUCUUAGAAUUCGAUUGGAGCUUGAAUACUUGUUUACAGUGCAAACAUUACUUGAGCUAUAACAUACUUUUCAGCAUUAUUCUGUAUUAUUUGUGUACAUUCAGACAUGCCUUUUCAAAAGAAAGUGUAAUUUGUUAUAAAACUUGUGUACCUAUUAAAGUGAAGUAACACAGUGGUAGUUUCAUGAAUUCUUUAUAACUUAUGAGCAAUUGGAAUGAUACCAACCAAAUAUAAGAUUCUUAAUCAUGUUUAAGCUCAUUAGUUGAAAAUUGAGUCGUUAUUUUUAUAGGUAGAUGAUUAUAUUUGAUAAUACCAUUCCAGUCCAGAACAAAUAAUGCUUAGGAAUAUCUCAAAAGAAUUAUAGAUUUUUUUAAAUUCAAUAUUUAAAAAACAAUUAGCCCACAUGUUGGUAGUUGUUAUCAAAUUUGUUCAUAAAAUCAUUCAUAACUUUAGAAACAGCUCGGUGAAACCACCCUAUAUUUGUGUUUUUUUUUAUUCUGAAUUUCCUUGCUUAACUUACUCGUAUGACGUCUAAGGCUCAAACGGUUUCAAAUCGUGGCUUUAUACCGAGAACGCCGUAACAUUGACAUGGUCUUUUAGUGCUUUUAUGAAUGGGGGAUAUUUAAAGAAUUUUGUCCAUUCCUCUGUUACAUGUAUUUUUCUAUGAUGAAAUGAAAGUUAUUUGUAAAUGUUUUAUUUAAUUUAUCCUGCUUUCAUUAAAGAGUGAGAAGAGAAUCUAGAA